CUUGCCCGUGGCUGCUUCCUCCAUCCUGGUAUUUUUUGGAGCCUCCAUCCUGGUUCUUCCAAAGUGCCCGGACCCAAAACAGGAAAGUGUUGCAGAGAUAGAAACAUGGGGGAGAAACAAUCUGGAUAACAUGAAAGUGAUGCUGGUGGCCACGGGAAUGCGACUUGACUCUGGGAAGGGCUAUAGCUGAUCCAUCUGUUGUCUAGAUUUGAGUAUGAGCACAGCUGAAGAGGAUUCUGAUACAGUAACAGUAGAAACUGUGAACUCUGUGACUUUGACUCAGGACACAGAAGGGAACCUCAUUCUUCAUUGCCCUCAAAAUGAAGCUGAUGAAAUAGACUCAGAAGAUAGUACUGAGCCUCCACAUAAAAGGCUUUGUUUGUCCUAUGAGGAUGAUCGGAGUAUUGAUGAUUCUACUCCUUGCAUAUCAGUUGUUGCACUUCCACUUUCAGAAAAUGAUCAGAGCUUUGAGGUGACCAUGACUGCGACCACAGAAGUGGCAGAUGAUGAGAUUACUGAGGGAACUGUGACACAGAUCCAGAUUUUACAAAAUGAGCAACUAGAUGAAGUAUCUCCCUUGGGUAAUGAAGAAGUUUCUGCAGUUAGCCAAGCAUGGUUUACAACUAAAGAAGAUAAGGAUUCUCUGACUAAUAAAGGACAUAAAUGGAAGCAGGGGAUGUGGUCCAAGGAAGAAAUUGAUAUUUUGAUGAACAAUAUUGAACGUUACCUGAAGGCACGCGGAAUAAAAGAUGCUACAGAAAUCAUCUUUGAGAUGUCAAAAGACGAAAGAAAAGAUUUCUACAGGACUAUAGCAUGGGGUUUGAACCGGCCUUUGUUUGCAGUUUAUAGAAGAGUGCUUCGCAUGUAUGAUGACAGAAACCAUGUGGGAAAAUAUACACCUGAAGAAAUUGAGAAGCUCAAGGAGCUCCGGAUAAAGCAUGGCAAUGACUGGGCAACAAUAGGGGCGGCGCUAGGAAGAAGUGCAUCUUCCGUCAAAGAUCGGUGCCGACUGAUGAAGGAUACUUGCAACACAGGGAAGUGGACAGAAGAAGAAGAAAAGAGACUUGCAGAGGUGGUUCAUGAGUUGACAAGCACUGAGCCAGGUGACAUAGUCACACAGGGUGUGUCUUGGGCAGCUGUGGCUGAACGAGUGGGUACCCGCUCAGAAAAGCAAUGUCGUUCUAAAUGGCUCAACUACCUGAACUGGAAACAGAGUGGGGGUACUGAGUGGACCAAGGAAGAUGAAAUCAAUCUCAUUCUCAGGAUAGCGGAGUUUGAUGUAGCUGAUGAAAAUGACAUAAACUGGGAUCUGUUAGCUGAGGGAUGGAGCAGUGUCCGUUCACCACAAUGGCUUCGAAGUAAAUGGUGGACCAUCAAAAGGCAAAUUGCAAACCAUAAGGAUGUUUCGUUCCCUGUCUUAAUAAAAGGUCUUAAACAGUUACAUGAGAACCAAAAAAACAACCCAGUGCUUUUGGAGAAUAAAUCAGGAUCUGGAGUUCCAAACAGUAAUUCCAGUUCCAGUGUACAGCAUGUUCAGAUCAGAGUUGCCCGCUUGGAAGAUAAUUCAGCCAUCUCUCCUAGCCCCAUGACAGCGUUGCAGAUUCCAGUCCAGAUCACCCAUGUCUCUUCAGCAGACUCACCUGCUGCUACUGUUGAUUCGGAAACAAUAACACUAAACAGUGGAACACUACAGACAUUUGAGAUUCUUCCAUCUUUCCAUUUACAGCCCACUGGCACUCCAGGCACCUACCUACUUCAAACAAGCUCAAGCCAAGGACUUCCCCUAACUCUGACCGCCAGUCCCACAGUAACCCUGACCACUGCUGCUCCUGCUUCUCCUGAACAGAUUAUUGUUCAUGCUUUAUCCCCAGAACAUUUGUUGAACACAAGCGAUAAUGUCACUGUGCAGUGUCACACACCAAGAGUCAUCAUUCAGACUGUUGCCACAGAGGACAUCACUUCUUCCAUAUCCCGGGCAGAACUGACAGUAGAUAGUGAUAUUCAGUCAUCUGAUUUUCCUGAGCCUCCAGAUGCCCUGGAAGCAGACACUUUCCCAGAUGAAAUUCAUCAGCCUAAGAUGACUGUAGAGCCAUCAUUUAAUGAUGCUCAUGUAUCCAAAUUCAGUGACCAAAAUAGCACAGAACUGAUGAAUAGUGUUAUGGUCAGAACGGAAGAAGAAAUCUCCGACACCGACCUUAAGCAAGAGGAGGAAUCACCUUCUGAUUUAGCCAGUGCUUAUGUUACUGAGGGUUUAGAGUCUCCUACCAUUGAAGAACCAGUUGAUCAAACAAUUGAUGAUGAAACUAUACUUAUCGUUCCUUCACCACAUGGCUUUAUCCAGGCAUCUGAUGUUAUAGAUACUGAAUCUGUCUUGCCUUUGACAACACUAACAGAUCCCAUACUCCAUCAUCAAGAAGAAUCAAAUAUCAUUGGAUCAUCUUUGGGCAGUCCUGUUUCAGAAGACUCAAAGGACGUUGAGGAUUUGGUAAACUGUCAUUAGGUAAUUCUUAGAAACGGGCAGCUCAAGAAGCCACACUGUUAAUUACAUCUUCAGAGAAAUAGGAGCAACCCCCAAGGGGCUUAAUUACCAUUUAAAAUAGCUGCAGUGCUUAAGCCACACACACACUGUUGCUGCUAUGACUUUUUACCUCCUUUACAUCACCUAAGGUCCAGUUUUUUGGCUGUAGUCGAGUGGAGUAUGGGAAUUUUAACUGCAUAGAUCCCUUUGUUUAGUAUUAUUUGUCAGUAGGGAAUUUUGUUCACUUCACCUAUUGAGAAAAGUUUAAAAUUGCCAAAGCUUAACUGCUCUGGUUUAAAGCAGUAAUAUUCAUCUCUAAAGAACAGACAUGGCGCUCUAUUUUCAAGUAGGCCUAGAUAUAUAUUUCAUAUCAAUAUGAAGUCAUAUCAGUAUGGUCUAGGGCUUAUCAGUGACCUUAAAAAAGAUUAAACACCAUUGAGACUUAACCAGCAUAUAAAUACAGAGACCUAGGAAGUGAUUAUGUGGCGGUUACUUUUGAGUAACCCAUUGCUGGCAGUGGGAGCUGACAAAGAGGAAAGCAUUAAGAGUCAAAAUUCACUACAGGUUUUUUAUUACUUUUAAAGGGAAUAUGGAUACGAGUAGUAAGAAAACCCACCAGAAGCUAAGCAGUUUCCACCCCCUCAGAAACCAUUGUCAGUAGUUCACAAAGUUAGCACUUUGAAGUAAAAUUAAACUGAAUGGGGAAGGGGAGGUAAUAAUAUUGCCUAUCCUUGAUACCAUGACCAUUUAUUACAUGUUUUGCUAUAUAAAUUACCCAGAAAAUAAUUGUGGGUAUUAUUGGGGGUACAAUAAUUGUAACUUAUCCCUCUCAGGCAAUUUUAAGAAACAAAACAAUUUGCUUCUGUAACAACAGGAAACAAAUCAAGAGUCAUUCCUAUACUAGAGAGGGUUAAGCCAAAACUAGCUUCUAGGGCUUUUAAUGAAUAUGACCCCUAUAGAAAAGUCACCAAAAAAAAAAAAAAAAAAAACCAACCUUGUAUAAGUUAUUUUAUUUAUUGUUGUAAUUAGAUCUUCACAAUCAAUUGUCUUUUCACUGUCUGUUUUGUUACCUUGAACUUAUAAGCAAAAGUUGGUUGCCUAG